AUGGGAUCCUACUUAGGAAUACCAGAAGAUAUCAGUGGGUCUAAAUGCAAGCUAUUUGCAUUUCUCAAAGAGAAGCUGUUACACAGAGUUAAUGGGUGGACAGGUAGAUGGCUAUCGAAGGGUGGAAAGGAAGUGCUAAUUAAAUCUAUCCUUCUAGCUCUCCCGACGUAUGUGAUGUCUAGUUUCUUACUCUCUCUCGAAAUUUGUGAAAGUCUUGCUAGUGCCAUUGCAAAGUUCUGGUGGAGUUCAAACCCUCCAAAGAGAGGGAUCCAUUGGACCACAUGGGAUAAGAUGUGUAAACCUAGAGAGGAAGGUGGCAUUGGUUUUCGCAUGAUCCACGAGUUUAAUCUAGCUCUUUUGGCUAAACAGCUAUGGCGUCUUGCUCAAUUUCAAGAUUCUCUAGUGGCACGGGUGUUGGGCCCGAAUAUGGCCCGGUAG